AUGACUGCUGUUAGGGUUCUGAUGGCGCCAAGGCUGGCAGCGGCCUGUUUAUUUGCGCCGCUCCCUGGACGCCUGGGGAUGCUGUCUCCCGGCAGGCAAGUGCUUUCGUCUAGCGCGGCCCUCCAUAGCUCCGCGCCGCGCUCCAGAGCCAAGGUCGCGCUGGUUUUGUCCGGAUGCGGCGUCUAUGACGGAACCGAGAUACACGAGGCUUCAGCGAUCCUGGUCCACCUGAGCCGCGGAGGUGCUGAUGUUCAGAUCUUUGCCCCAAAUGUGCCACAGAUGCAUGUGAUUGACCACACCAAGGGGCAGCCUUCUGAGGGAGAGACCAGGAAUGUUCUGACAGAAUCAGCAAGGAUUGCACGUGGCAAGAUCACUGACCUGGCCCAGCUCCAUGCAGUUGACCACGAUGCUGCCAUCUUCCCUGGAGGAUUCGGAGCAGCCAAAAACCUGAGCACAUUUGCGGUGGACGGGAAGGACUGCAAAGUCAACAAAGAUGUGGAACGUGUGCUGAAGGAGUUCCAUGGCGCUGGGAAGCCCAUUGGCCUGUGCUGCAUUGCGCCUGCCCUUGCUGCCAGAGUGCUGCACGGUGUGGAGGUCACCGUGGGCCAUGAGCAGGAAGAAGGCGGUAAGUGGCCAUACACCGGGACUGCAGAGGCCAUCAAAGCCCUGGGUGCAAGGCACUGUGUGAAGGACGUGACCGAAGCUCAUGUGGACCAGAAAAACAAGGUGGUCACGACCCCCGCCUUCAUGUGUGAGACCGCGCUCCACCACAUCCAUGACGGGAUCGGGACCAUGGUGAGGAAGGUGCUGGAACUCACUGGGAAGUGA